CUGACAAACCACGAGCUUCACCGGCGCAUGGGGCACAUCUCCCCGCUUGUCUCUCGCAGCGCGGUGAAGCAGGGUCGCAUCUGCGGCAUCAAGCUGACGGACGACUCGACGGAUGAGGUCUGCGAGGCCUGCAUCCAAGCGAAGAUCACGCGCAAGCCCGUGCCGGAUGAGCGGGAGAGUGAACUCGCGGAGAACUAUGGUGAGCGUGUCCACGCUGACACCUGG